AUGGUGCAGGCCAACGAGCUUCGCGUCGGGCAAAUCAUCGAGAGGGACGGUUCGCUGCUGCAGCUGACCAAGGUUUCGUACACGCAAGGCCAGGCGCGCGCGGCGGGUAACGUUCAGGUGGAGUGGAGGAACGUGCGCACCGGCCAGAAGCAGUCGCUGCGGCUGUCACCCUCGGACAAGCUCGACAGGGCUGUGCUCUCCGAAGAGGAACACGUUUUUUUGUUUCAAGCCGGCGACGAACUGGUGUUGAUGCACCCGAAGACGUACGACCAGGUGGAGGUGAGGGCGGAGGUGCUCGGCGAGGUUCAAAGGAAGUUCCUGACCGAUAACUGCGAGGUGAAGCUCCUGAUGCACGAGGGCGAGAUUGUAUCCGCCGAGCUCGCGGACGAGGUGGAGAUCGAGAUAGCAUCGGCGGCGCCGUCUUUGAAGGGGGAGAGCGUCUCCAACCAGUACAAGCCGGCGGAGACGACGACUGGGGUGUCGCUCAAGGUUCCGUCUUUCAUCGACGCGGGGGACGUGGUGGUGGUCAACACAAAGACCGGGGAGUUCGUGCGACGAGCGAAGCGAUAA